UGUUGAGAAACUACCCACUGGUAGCACUCUAAAAACAAAAUGUAUUUACAAUAAGAGAUCUCGAGGCCAUCUUCUUUUCAGACGCCUCGGAGGGUUAUCAGGAAUAGAAGAGGAAGCAAGGUUAGAGACGAGAGGAUUCGGAUAAUUCUGAAGUUUAUUAUGGAAGGAUUGAUAUCUGGAUUGGGCCAAAUCGGAAACAUAAGGAACAUUAAGGUCAUUAUGGAUUAUUUUAUUGGUGACAAAGUAAGGAGCAUUGAGGAUUUUCCAAAGGAUUUUGGAUUGUAAGGAUUGGAUACGAGAAGAAUUUGAUGGCUUAGUGGAGCCCCAAAGCUCAACUCCAAUUCAAGUUUGGGACUUAGUGAUGCUUGUUCCUAACGCCUUAUUUCUAAUCUUUAUUUUAUUAAGAUUUAAUAGAGCUCGUCUAAAAUUGAGAGCUACAUCAAGUCCAAUUUUUAUGGCUUUUUACGUCCUUGUUGUCAUUAAUGUAAUAAUUAGCAUAAUCAGAUGUCUCGUUUCAAUGUUUGUAAGUGCAGCUGCUGAAGUUGGAAGCUAUGUUGACACAAUUCUUUGGGUGUCUGUUAGAUUUUUUUUAUUGUCUACAGAAAUAAGUGUGAUUGUGUUUGGAUUAGCCUUUGGUCAUUUGGAUUCUAGAAGCAGCAUAAGGCAUGUUUUGCUCGCCACAUCAUUUAUCUCAUUAGCAUUUUCAAGCUCUCAAGCUGUGCUUGAAGUAUUUUACCCAGAUGAGCAUUUUAAAAUCCAGGGUAAAAAUACAAAUGUUUUUGGCCAUGGAGGAAUGUUAUUUUGGUUUAUCUCAUCUAUAUUUUUCACACUGUUAUAUUUAUCUAUAUUGGUGUUGCCUUGGACAAGAAUAAGGGAAAGACUUGCUUUGCCUACCAAAAGAUCUUUUUACAUCUAUAUACUGUUCCUGGUAGUAUUAAAUAUUUCUCAGUCAGUGGGAAGUGGACUUCUUAUGUAUUCAAUCCAAGAAGGCCUUUGUAUUGUUGAUGCUACCACAUGUGUAUAUUUCACUCUUUUUACACCUCUUGUUUAUCAUACAUUUCUGAGUGAAUUUUUUGGAAUUUCACAGCCUAGUAUAAUGUUCUCGUAUAAAGCUCAAGUUGAUGAUGGUUUAGAAGAUGAUAUAGUAUCGCUACCACACCAACAUUCUUUUUCAUCCUUGAAAACAGACUCUGAUUACAUUUAUCAGGGAAAUAAUACUUAUGAUAGUACACAAUUGGAUAACACUUGUGCUGGAGAAAAUUCAGUUUCUUUGCAGAGUCCUGACAGUAUUGCUGGAUAUAGUUUAGAUAGUCAAACUAUAGAUCUACCAACUAACUCCAAGCAAUAGUAAUAUGUAAGAAACUUCUUUUAAGAGUUUAUUUUAAUUAUAUUUUUCCUUUUAUGUAAUAGAAUUUUUUAUUAUUACUGUAAUAAUACGAUCAAAAUAAAAC